GAGUGAUAAGGGGGACAGAGAGAUAAAGGCCGAAGAGAAGAGAAGAGACGGAGGACGGCGAUGGCGCACCUUCGUCUGGCUAUGGACGCGGCCUUCUGGGACCUGAACAUCUCCUCGCCGCAAACCCUAGAGGGAACAGCCCGGUCCGUUCCCGGCGAACCGGUCCCGCUGGCCCUGGCCCGGGCGAGCCGGACCAUCCGGCCGCAGCAGCUCUCCUUCCUCGCGAACGCCUUCCCCCUUGGCAUCAUCCCCUCCUUCGCCUCCACCUCCCAGAAGGAACUCGGCUCCUUCUCCGUCCAAUAUCUCUUGCCCAGCCCCGCCGCUUCCAACUGGUGGGUUGGACUAGUGAGCCAGUUUCGCCCAAGAAAAUUAAUAUCCAGUAUUAAGAAAGAAGUGGCAAGUGCUGAUGAGCUAGAGUUGCCUGCAUUUAAAGAUGUUGCAAAACAUUUUCUAGAUAAGUCGCUCUAUGCACUGGGUCUGUUCUCCCAUCUUUCUCUGACGGAUGAUACAUCUUUACUUUUUAACCUGGAAAGACAUUAUUAUAAGAGCGUCCGCCGGUUAAAAGCAGUGCUCUUUCACAGGCUUCCGAAUCAUGAUAUCACUUUAGAAGCAGCAUGUCCAGAGUUGUUUGUGGACAGGAAUGGAACUUAUUGGGAUGUUCCCACCUCAAUUUCACUGGAUAUAACAUCUCUAGUAUCUGACUCUGGAUUGAGAUAUCGUUUUGGUUUACAUAAAAAUGGUGGCCAACCUGAGGCUCUGAAUUCCUCGUCUUGUAAGGUGCCCUUAUCCCUGAUGCCUGGAAUAUGUGCUAAAGCUGCAUUUUCUUAUGAGAAGAGCAGAGACCUUUGGAGAGAAAAGGACGACAAUAAUGCUGGAGCAAGGAAAGUAGAAAAAGAACCUACUUGGGAGUCCUCAUAUGAUGUGCGGCUUAAAGAACCUCAUGCAGCUAUAUCAGGAAUUGUUGGUGGUACUUGUGCUGUGUGGUUUGGAGGGGAUGAGAACAUAGAUGUUAAUGUGGAAGCCCAAUUGAGGGAAGGAGAAGUUGGCCGCAGACUAAGUUGGUCUUCUAAAAAGAGAAAUCCGUUCAGUGUUGACUUGUUUGGCUCAUUGUGUUACUCACUGCAACAUGGGAAAUUCAAAAAUGAUUUUAACGACCUUACGAGAAUAGAUGCUCGCUUAGACAUCUGUUCUGCUUCAGCAUUUAUGAAGGGUGCUUGUCAUCUGUUUUCUGACAUCCUCAGAGGUCGAGUUGACAGAGAAGUGAAUCCUCUUGCUUCUCCAAAGCUUAAUGUGAUCCUUCAACAGCAGGUGGCAGGGCCUAUAGUCUUUCGGGUUGAUUCGAGGGUUUCACUCACUUCCCCUUCUGGGAAGCAUAUUCCGCAUGUUGAGGAUGUCAUGUAUGGCUUAAGUUACUCUUUUAGGUUGCUACAGUCUGGGAAAAUCCUGGCCUGGUUUUCUCCUAAGAGGAAAGAAGCAAUGGUUGAGCUGCGCUUCUUUGAAUUCUAGUCUCUGGAUCCACAGCUCCUCCCCCCGAAAAAAAACGAAAAAAACAAGUGAGGCAGGAUUAGAAUCUGGCUGCAAUUGAUUUUGAAAAUAUGGUCUUUAAUGUUUAUCUAUGUUCAGCUGAUAUCAUGUCCUUAUUUUUUACAACUUCACAGUAAAAAUUCUAGCAGCAGGAUAGAUCAGCUUGUAAUGUUCCAGCCACACAUUGAUUUGGUUUACUUACUUCUGGAUUGUUAGUUCUCUUGUUUGGAGGGAGCUUGAUUUGAACUAAAUUGUUCCACAAA